GAGAAAAUGUCAAACAAAAAAAACUACUACUAAAAAAAAAAAAAAGUUAAAAGGGUGUAAAAACUUUCGCAAGGCGUUGUAGCCGAACCUGGUGCAACCGGGAGUGAGAAUGUGUUGGAAGUGCAGCAAUGCAGUGCAAGAUGGAGAGUUGGCUGUAUUGCUGAUGACAGGUGGGAUGCUGCAGAGGAGGAGAGUCCUCUGUAAUAAAUCUUGAGGCUUUUUGUGGCAGCCUCUACAUUUACAGCCAAUUACAGCACUUCAUCGACUUGUACAGGGGGUUCUUUAGAGAGGGAUGAUUUAUAUUGAGCAGAUAACUGAUAACAGUCUUUAUUUUAAGUACAAACAGCCAGUUAAACCAAACUGAGCAGUAGUUGUUCUUUGGAACACAGGAGUGGAUCUUUAAAGCCGAGAGAUUUAAAAGGGACUAAGGAGUUUCCCUAGAGGGGAUCCGUGUAUGCAGAGAGCCCCUCCAUUAUGUGCUCCAUUUCUCCUUCCCAAUACUUCCCCCUGCUAACACGCCACCCCUCCCCUCUCACUUCCACUGCACACAGUAAAUCCAGAGCCUGCAGUGCCUGAUCGAGCCAACCCAAAAGAUCCAUAAGAUGCAGUAGUAAACUCUCAGCUUGCACAGGGAGGAGAAGAGGGACUGAACUGCACGCGAGUUUAGGGCAGAACACUUGCACUGGACAAGUGAGAAGGGGUCAAAUACUAAGAUAGACACACAGAGGAGAGAAGGUGGGGGGUAGGGGGAAAAAUUCACCUUCAGCAGAGCACCAGCUGGUCCCGAGCUUGAAAGCAGCAGAGAGGAGAGAGAAGAGGUGCUGAGCGGCAAAAAGGAGCAGAGAAAAAGUGACUGGAAUGAUAAGAUGAGGAGCAGGCCCGUAAUGUUGAAGUCGUUUCUUAAUGAGGCCCUCCUGGAGCUGGUGCUCGUGCUGUGGCUCGGGCUCCGCGUCCUGGCCGUGUGCCCCUCCGUGUGCUCCUGCAGCCGCAGCCACAGAGAGGUGGACUGUUUCCGGAGGAGUCUGAGAGAGCUCCCCGACGGCUUGCAGCACAACAUCCUCUCCCUCAACCUGUCCCACAACCGGCUCGUCCAUCUGGACGACAGGCUCGCCUCGUACACCCACCUCCGCGUCCUGGAUUUCUCCCACAACAGGCUGAGCCGCCUUCCCAGAGGUCUGCCUCGCUCCCUCUGGGAGCUCCACGCCUCGUCCAACCGCAUCCAGCUGCUGGACAAGAACGACACGGUCUACCACUGGAACCUGAAGACCCUCGACCUCUCGGGCAACAAGGUAGAGAGGGCCGUCUUCAUCAACAACACAAUGCCUGAGCUGCAGAUGCUCAACCUCAGCAAUAAUCACUUCUAUACUUUGCCCACCAACCUGCCUGCGCACCUGGAGACCGUUGAUCUGUCCCACAACAUGCUUCUGAAGGUGCUGCCAGGCUCUCUUGACCGACUCCCAAAGUUAACCCACUUCUACCUGCACUCUAACCGCUUCUCCUCACUUCCCUUUGGAGUUUUGGACAAGAUGGUUUCACUUAGAGUCGUCACUCUGGGUAGCAACCCUUGGGCUUGCCACCUUCAUGAGGUCGACUACUUGCUGUCUUGGACUCAGAGCACCUCGGCGCUUGUCCUCGGCUGCCCCUGCUACACCCAGCCUGUGUGUGGAGCGACGCACUCCAGUAGGACUGGAGGUUUGCACUUUGGCUCCUUUGUUCUGCCUUCUCUGACAGUCGGUGCCUCAGAUCUGAGCUCGGUGUCGCCUGAAGACAGCGUCACGUGGUGGUACUGGCCCGUCUCCACUCAGCAAAGCACACCCCAAACUCGCAGAGAGUCUCUAAACACAGGGCACGAUGUCUUCACAGAAACAGCCACCAGCAUUUCCACCUUUACGAUUAAUCACCUGGCUAGAACCGGCAGCCGAGAGGACAUAGAUCAUCUCAUCUCAGGCACAAAGGAAGCUUCCUCCUCAGCUCCGCUCCACACCGCAGACGCAUCCCAUUUCUCUGACAAAAGUCUCAUUACCGACACAUCUAAAGGAAACGGCGUGGAGCUGGCCACCGAUCGAUUCUUUAUAACAGAGGCCUCCUCCACCCAAACAAAGAGGACAGCCACUCUCCGCACCAGAAGCGUCAGGAGACAGAAUCAGUUGCCUUCCGGAGGCAUCAGAAACAGCAGCCCAACCUUCUCCUGGUUUGGUUUCCUUCACAACUUGUGGCUUUUCCCUCUCGUUUUGCCUCAAGUCAUCUGACGGAUGGUGUGAAGAGUUUGCCACAAAAUGUGAAUUUAAACCAAAAAAAAAAUUAUAAUUAGGCCUGUCAAGAUAGCAAAUUUUGCUGAA